AUGACCAAGAUUCGAUUCGUUCUGAUCAUCGGAAUCUUCGCUAUUGCCGUCCACUCGACAUCAAUCGAUGAGCCAUUGAUAGUGGGAUGCGAUGAAGCAAUGAAGCAAUGCGAUCACCAUGUGAAAAACUAUACGAUUUUGAGAGAAGCGAUUACAGACGACACGACAAUUCAAGAGUUUUCGAACAUCAGCAAUGUGUGCUUCGACACCAAAGAAUGCCUUCUCAACAAUGCGUGCGAGUCGGCGAAUCGCGAUAUCCAGACAUUGUCGUCCGAAUGCCGCUAUCUGCGCUUCCUCGGCAAUCCGAAAAUGGAAUGCGUCACACGGAACGUCGACUUCGGAACCGUCAAAACCGCGUGCACGGGAUUCUUUGCGAUUCAAGGUCUCGCCGCUUCGAACAUGACCAAAUAUAUGGAUGAUGAGAAGGAUUGUGUGAACACGUUGACCGAAUCGAGCGGAUGCGGCCUCUUCUUGAUGUAG